AUGGAAAAGUGGUGCGUACUGGCAAUCGUGCUGAGCGUGUUUGGGUUCAUUAAGGACUUUAAACCAAGUGACCCUUUUAUAGUGCAAUUUCUUAACGGUCCGUGGCACAAUAUUUCAACUGACGUCAUCAAUCGGGACAUUUUCCCAGUUGGAACCUAUUCCUACGGUGUUCAACUGGUUCUCACAUUCCUUGUAACGGACUAUCUUCGCUACAAACCACUGAUCGUUCUGUCCGCAUUGGCCGGGAUCCUGCAUUGGUCUUUGUUCAUUUGGACCAACGAAAUUAAGUGGUUGCAGCUGUCCGAGGUGUUCUACGGGACCUACAAGGCCGCCGAUAUUGCCUUUUGGUCGUACAUCUACGCGCGUGUGGAGAAAAGUCACUAUCAAAGGAUCACUUGCUGCACGAAGUCGGCCUCGUUUUUCGGGAAGUUUGCUGCUGCCAUCGGAUCACAGGCCUUGCUGUUCUUCGGGGUUGUGACCUUUCUGGAUCUAAACUAUGCAUCACUGGCUGUACAAAUAUGCACGGCCAGCAUCGCGCUGUGUCUACCACCGGCACCGGAGAGCAUCUAUUUCCGCAAAAAGCAACCUUCAGGAGAUGUUAUAAAUGGAAAAACAGAUCCUAAGACGAACAUAGUUCCCACGAUACCGGCUGUUUCGCAUAACCUUACCGUACCUGAGCUACUGUGGAUGCAUGUUAAGACGGCUUACAGCAAUUUUACCAUCCUACGGUACAGUAUCUGGCACGCGUUAAGCAGCUGCAUAUACUAUCAAACCCAGCUGUAUUCUCAAGUUCUAUGGAACACUAUCGACGCACCGGUAACAAUCGGUGUCUACUGGAACGGAGCAGUGGAUGCAUUGCUGACGAUCAGUGCUGCUGUUAUUAUUUUCCUCGCGGGAUUCAUCCCUGCUAAAGCACUGCAAACUCAUUGCACAUUGGCAGGUCUCGGUUGGAUUUCGUUCGCACAAGCUGGUGCGCUUCUGGGGGUCUCCUGCACGAGAAACCUUUGGGUUGCCUACGGAGGUCACAUAUUGUACAGCGUGCUACAUUCACUGGCCGUUACGCUGUUGAGUGCGGAAAUAGCACGGAACAUCUCCAGUGAUAGUUUUGGAUUAGUGCUUGGUAUAAAUGCUGCCAUCAGUUCGAUGCUGCAGAUCCUGGUAACCGUGGUUGUGGUGGAUGGUGCCGGCUUGAUUCACGGUUCCAUUAAUGUUCAAUUUGCGAUCUACAGUUGUUGGUGUGCGAUGAUUGGAAUACUAUUUUGGGUAUUCUUCUUAGUAGAGCUAGGACAAUGGUGGAAGCGACCAUUACUCCUGCUGAGAAAUAGAGUAUUGUUUAAUAUGAAACAAUCAAAAGCUGAUGAUAAUGGCAAUGUUGAUGUUGCUUGA